UCCCGGUGCAUAUCUGUGCUGGAAAUGGAGGGAGUUUUCAGCUGUCUGUACACCUCGAGCUGACGACAGCGCCUCGACACAAUCCGCAAGUCCGUUAUACUUCAACCCUCUCAUCGCACUUUUACGCCAGUUUACAGGGCUUGGGACAGCUGUCAUCCAUCACGCCUUCUGAUUUGUUUGAAUGAUCACUCAUUCUUCUCUGUCAGGCUCUCUGGAUACUCUCUGUUGCCCGUCUGUGUCGGGAUCUUGUUUCUAAGCUUCUGACGCCGAGCAGGAACAGCUGUGGUUCUCAUUUCGCAGCGGAAGAGUUUGAAAACGUGACGGAGAAAGGGCGAGAAGCGACAGCAGAGAAGCAAGAGCCGAAGGAAAUUCCCCUCGGUCUGAUUUUUCGGUUGCUUCCAGUUCCUCCGAAAAAAAACGCGGAGGGGCGUCGAGUUCCAGCUGCGGUCCCGGUCCGCCCAGGUCGUUGCCGCCUCUGACCGAUGUAGAAGUCGGGGCAAACAGAACGGAAAACGCCUCUACAGAUAUCGUGCUUUCUUCGCACGCACAGGGAGAGGGAAGGUUUCAAAAAUAGGUACGGUGGUAUUCUCAGAUUCACGGCAGACGAUACGAGUAACGUUUCCUUCGUCAUUUGACCCCCGAGCCGGAGAAGGGUUUGCCGUCAACGGGAAUAACGACAAAUUGCGGCAACAAAAGCUUUUCAGUCCUGCAGUCUCCAGAUAGGCUCUCUAUCUCUCUCUGGCGCAAAACGAAGAUACGUUUGUUUUCUCGAUCCCCUUUCGUUCUCAGUACGUCACAAAUCCUUUCCUUCUCCGUGCAGCCGUCGGUGACCAGCGCUUCUCCCAGUCCGCCGUUUCUCUCGCGCAUCUCCUUUUCUUCGUCUGGAUAAUGGCAAGUCGAGUGGGGCCAGAGAGUCCUUCUGCUGGGUGUCAGAAGCAGCCCGCAGACGUGAAGUCGGGCGAUGCCCUCAAGUCGCCCUCUCCGAGUUCCACGGUCUCUGCGUGGUCUCGCGCCUCUUCGUCGUUGAGUACUGGCGCCGUGUCCCCGCCUUCGUGUUCGCCUUCUUCUCUCCUUGCAGGAUCUCCGUUGACUUGUCGCUCCUCGAUUGGCCUCCCAGGAGAGAGGCCCUCUUCGUCUGUCAGCGAGGCUCCUGCUGUCGCGCAUGCAGAGACACAGCAGAGAGCGACGGCAGGCUACGUCUUCGUGGUGGGCAAAAGGAGACGAGAGAGUGCUGACGCAAGUGACAUGCACUCCGCCGCUCUUCCCUUGCCACCGAAUCUGCCUCCCUUCGUUUCCUUCAACUGUGACCAUUUGCUCAGUGCGCUGAAUCCAGAACUCCUUGGUGCGCAUGCGGCCAUUUGCCUGCAACGAGGCGAGGCUCCAAUGGUCCCCGACUGGAUCCGGGCAUCUGGAUUUUCUUCGGAGGGUAGCGACGAAGAAGAAUCGGACGGCGAUACGGAUAGAUGUGUCAAGGAGGGAAACGCACGCCCAGCUUCUGCGAGUCUCCCCUCUUCUCUUCCGACAUCCUCGUCUUCGAAGUCUUCUGCUUCUGCCUCAACUCCGCCUCCCCCACAGGGACACGAGGGCCCCUGCGGUGGCCAGUGGGUGAAGAAACAGGAGAGGGAGACUCGACGGUGGUCGACGCGAAGGCUCUUGAAGGAAGCAGAGCGUCUUGGCGCCCUCACGACAAACAACGGGGGUCAGCUGACCCUUUCAGAGGAAUCAUCUGCUGAGCGAGAAAGUGCGAGACAGGUGGGACACUGUUCGUGUCGAGUUGAGGGUGAAGCAAACGAGGGCGGAUCACUUCAAGAGAGAAGAGGCGCCCUUCUGUUGCAGCUUCAGCGGCGCUUCGACGACAGACUGAGAAGACUGCAGAGAGGUGGCGAGGGAGGGGGCCUUGGUCUUGGCGCCGUGAGGAAGCUUCUUGAGUGGCAUGCAGAAAGUGAUGGAAAAACGCGCUCACGGGAGGCCGGCCUUGGCGCGGCGCUCGCUUCUUCUCCGUCGGGUCUGCAUGAAGAUGGCGGCGAGUUGAAGCAGCGAGAGAACUCAUCACGUGACGCUGGAGCGGAAGAGCGAGAAAGAGAGGAGACAAAGAACGGUGCAGAGGAGAGGUCUCAGAAAGACGAUGGGAGGCAGAGGAACUCCGAAGAGGCGGGAGAUGGAAGGCCUGCGCCCCACAAUUCCGGAACGAAGGGGAAGAAAGCAAGUUUUAACCCUCUCGUGGAGUGGUGUGGGAACGAAGAAUCGGCACACUUGGAAGAAAACGACGUCGAGGGCGGCACUAUGAGGGGAGGGAAGGAGGAAAGGACGGCAGCUGAUGCACCCGAGUUUUCGAGUGCACAAGAGGGGCGAGAGAGAGUGAGCGAAGACGCGAGUUGUGCAAGGGAGAAGAGGCGGUCGUGUCGUGCAGACGGGGAUGACGAAGAAAGAUCAAAGACCCAGGAUGGAGACGAAACACGCAAACGUCGCCGAGGUCAAAACAGCGCUGUGGAACGGCUAGCCAACACACAACAAAUUCGGAAGGAGGCAGCAGCUCAGGAUUUCUGCCUGCGCAUGGCUGCAUGCGGCUCGUGCGAGGGCGCCGAGGGCAAGGCUGCUGACGGGCUCGACAAGGCGCCGCCGGGAGGCAGCAACCACGAGGGCGAAAACGAAAAUGAUUCCCGGGAAGGGGAGACGAACGUGGAGGCGAAACAAAGACGCAUGCACGCCCAGAAAGUUGUUCCAGUUUGCAGACGCCCGCAUGACUUAAAAGCAUUUCUUAAGACAAGGCCAGAAGAUAUUCAGACGCGGUCGUGUCCAUUUUUCGACGCGGGGUUUCCUCUCUGUCCAUUCGGCGCAUGCUGUCGAUUCGGCGCUUGCCACAUCGACGCUGAAGGUUUCAACCUUUGUGCGGAUGGAAGCCGAGUGACCCCUGACGCACUAGAGGCGCUUCAGCGUCGUCUGCAUGCAGAAGAAGAACUAAACUGCGUCUCGUCUUUCAGAGCAAAGACUAUCGCACAGGACAGGAAACAGAAAGUGGGGAGCAAUUGUGGGCCUGGGCAUCUCGACACGUCCAGUGAACAUCCUAGAUUUUCUGACGACACUGCUGUUGCCUCUUGUCUUCCGUCAUCCCCGUCAAGUACCCCUCCGUGCGCUACGUCUGCGCUUUCUUCUUCCCUCGAUGCCGAAGGAUGCAGCUGUUCUUCUUCUGCCUCUUCGUUCUCUUCUUCUGCUUUCCCUGUGGACGGGGAGACAGAGCGUCUCCGUGUGGGGUCGCUUUCUGCUCUCUCGCCUCGUGAGCAGCGCGUCGCAACUCGAGAGACAUUUCGUCGGCGCCUCCUCGAUAGUCCACGAGGACGAGGUCGGAGGUUGAUUUUGGCGCCUCUGACGACUGUGGGGAAUCUCCCUUUCCGACGUCUCUGUGUGGAACUCGGCGCUGAAGUGACGGUGUCUGAGAUGGCAGUCGCAAAGUCGAUUGUAGACGGAAAACAAUCCGAACUUUCGCUCCUUAAGCGCCACAAAAGCGAGACGUUUUUUGGUGUCCAAAUCGCAGGCGGCACGCCAGAAGUGCUCAACGCAUGCACCGAUAUUCUUGCAAGUGAAGACGUUUCUUGCGACUUCAUCGAUCUCAACGCUGCGUGCCCUCUGGUGCAGCUGCACCGUCGAUUCAAAGCGGGCGCAUGCAUGCUGGAUCAUCCAAAGCGACUGGAGUCCCUGGUGGAAAGCAUGACGACGAGACAUCCCGAGGUCCCCGUCACCGUCAAGCUGCGGACGGCGAAUCAAGGGAAGAAACAAGUUCUCCACAGCUUUAUUCGCCGCCUCGGAGACGCAGGAGCAGCCGCUUUGAUUGUCCACGGACGCACAGCCCAGCAACGCUACACCAAGGCAGCGGACUGGAGUUACGUGGCGCAGUGUCGAGAAGCAUUGGAUUCGUCGACUCCCCUUAUUGGAUGCGGAGACAUUUUCAGCAGCCCAGAGUUUGAGUUUCGACUUGCGUCGGGAGCCUCCGACGGGUUGAUGAUUGCUCGUGCUGCUUUAGUGAAACCUUGGGUCUUCACGGAAAUUUCUGAAAGAAAGGUCUGGGAUAUUUCUGCUUCCGAGCGUCUUGACUUGUUGAAAAGAUUCGUUCGCUUCGGUCUCGAGCACUGGGGCUCCGACUCUCGAGGAGUGGCCACCACGAGAAGGUUCCUCCUGGAGUUGCUCUCCUUUCAACACCGCUACGUGCCUCCGCCGUUCUUCGAGUUUCUUCCGCAACUGCUGCAAUGGCGUCCUUCUCCGUUUGUGGCGCGAUCGAAUUUGGAAAACAUGCUGGCAAGUCCCUCCGUCAAAGACUGGAUUGACAUUUCGUCGCUUCUUCUCGGACCGCCCCCGGAAGACUUCUCCUUUGUUCCAAAGCACGCAUCGAAUUCGUAUGCUCCUCUUUCCAGCUCAACUUCUUCUCUUUCGACAGUUCGUGCCUCCGCGGAUCCAUCUGGCCUGCAGCCUCCUUCAGGAGGGCUUCUCUUCGAUGUAACGUCUUUCUUUCAUUCGCAAAUCCUAGGCAAUGGUGUGGUGCGAGAGUUCGGUGCCUGAAGUCUUGCGUCCGCUAUUGGCUUUGCUUACAUCAACCUCGAGACAACAGUGACAACUCAGAUACCAUUGUGGCCAGGUCCACCGUACUGGAAUCCAUUCCCAGAG